AUGCCCCUAAACUCAUCUCACGCGCUGUGGACCGCGAUCCUCGCACGCCGUCUCGCCAUUUCCCCACUUCUCCCUAUCACUUCCCCCAGUGCUCACCGGGGUGCACAAGCCUCGUACUCUCCGCCCACGUCCGGCGGAACGGGCUACUCCACCCGCCCCGCGCCGUCCCCGCGCGCGAUUCUGCUGCAGCGGUCGCGGUCGGGCGUGCUGAUCGGCGCGCGGUCGUUCGGCGGAACGCAGCUGCCGUGGGAGCCGCCCAAGCGCAAGCCGCCGCAGCACACGGCGGAGGUGGGCGCGAGCGACGCCGUCGCGCAGAGCCUGGACUACGAGCUGGAGGAAUCGGAGGAGGCGAGGGCGGCGGAUAAGCUGGGGUUGGGCGAGGCGAUAGAGUACACGGCGGCCAAGUGGGUGCUCGUGCUGCUCAUCGAUUCAAUGGGUGCGUGCAUGACAGACCGAUUCCCCUCGCCUCCCUCUCCCCCUUCCUCUCCACCCGCCAGGCUGGAAGAGUCGGAGGAGGCGAGGGCGACGGAUAAGCUGGGGCUGGGCGAGGCGAUAGAGUACACGGCAGCCAAGUGGGUGCUCGUGCUGCUCAUCGGGUGCAUGACGGGCGGUGCAGCGUUCCUCAUCAACAUGGUGGUCGAGAACGCCAUGGGGGUCAAGCUCGCGCUCACCAUCGAACUUCUUAAUGGCGGCAGCCCACUUCUGGCAGUUCUGGUGUACUCGCUACUGAGUGCUCUGCUAGUGGGGGCAUCAGCAGCGCUGUGUGUGUUUGUGGCGCCAGCAGCAGCGGGGUCGGGCAUUCCCGAGGUGCGGGCGUAUCUCAACGGCGUUGACAUGCCGCACGUGCUCUCGCCCCUCACACUGCUUGUCAAGAUACUGGGCAGCAUGGGGGCAGAAGCAGGAGGCCUGGCCCUGGGCAAGGAGGGACCGCUGGUGCACAUCGGCGCCGCCAUCGCUGCUCUCUUUGGCCGCGGCUCCGUCCGCGACUGGCUUGCCCGCCGCGCUGCCGCGAGUGCACGUGAGGGCGCGCGUGCAGGUGGAAGGAAGGAGGCCGCCAGUGUCACCAGUGCUGGUGCGGUGCGGGCAGCAGCAGCAGCAGGGUCCGGAGGAGUGUGUGAGCCGCUGCUUGCACAGGGCACCGCAGAGACCAGCACCGCCAGGGGAGGAGCGGGAGGGAAGGAGGGGGAGCGGCGGCAGUGGUGGCUGCUGUACUCGGACUGGCUGCGUUUCUUUGACAACGACCGUGCGCGCCAUGACCUCGUCACCAUCGGAGCUGGAGCUGGUGUGGCAGCCGCCUUCCAGUGCCCCCUGGGAGGCAUUCUCUUUGCCCUUGAGGAACUCACCUCCUGGUAG